AUGUAUAUUAGAGAAAAGGAAUUUAAACCUUCACUGAUCCUGGAACCUGAUGGAACAAUUACUAUUUCUAAAAAUCGAACGUCAAGUACAGCAUUUCUCAAACGCCAUCAAACACCUAUUUUACAAUGCAUCGAACGUCGAUUUGCACAAUUUCAAGGUGAUGUUGAUGUCGAUUCUAUGGAACCAGUACAAGUAGUAAAAUAUACAAAUGAUCAAGAGGUUGUAGCUCACUAUGACUGGCUGAUGCCGAAUGCUUCAGAACUUGGUGGCGAACGAGUAACAACAUAUUUUACCUAUCUUCAAGCCAAUUGUUCCAUGGGUGAAACUGAAUUUAUUGAGAUUCCAUUCAAUAGAUCUUUACAUGAACGAUUUUGUGAUAUCUUGAUUUGCGAUGAAAACGUCACCGAACAUGGCCUUCGAUUUCGACCAAUAGCAGGAAAUACAGUCUUUUGGUAUAAUAUGGAUGAGUAUGGACAAGUUGAUUAUUGGACAGUUCAUGCGGGUCGGCCGCCUGGUGAAAAUGGUACUAAAAUUGGACUGAAUGUUUGGACACGUUUAGAGAAAUUUCCCGUAUAA